GGUGACACUGUGACGUAUAGCCCUGGCCCCUAACCGAUCCGUUUGGGUUCAGGUGGUUCGGAUCAGAACCGGGAGGAAGGAGGCAGAUUAUGGAAAUCAGAGAGUAAAUAGAUGCAGCAGCUGAUGGUGGAGGAGGGGAGGGAGGGGGGAAUCGGAGGGAGAUGAAACGGACUCAGACGCGGAGAGCAGCCGCUGAUUAAACCCGCUCCUCCCGCUCCUCCAUGCCGGCGGAGGUCUCCGCGGGGCUCCAUGGCGAAGAUCCGGGUGUCGUAUGAGUACUCCGAGGCCGAGGACAAGAGCAUCCGGCUGGGCUUGUUCCUGAUCGCCUGCGGGAUCCUGAGCCUCUUCAUCCUGGGCUUCUGCUGGCUGAGCCCCACGCUGCAGAGCCUGGAGAGCAAGCCGGCCAACUGCACGGUGGUGUCUGUGUUGCGUCCUGAGGAGAUGUUUGAAUGCGUUUUUACGUGUGGAGCUGACUGUAAGGGGACGGCCCUCUACCCCUGCCUCCAGGUCUUUGUGAACAACUCUGAGUCCAACUCUGUGGCUCUGCUGCAUCACAACGAGCACCAGCUGGUCCUCAAUCCGAAGUGCUCGUACGUCCCUCCCUGUGAGAGGGACAACCAGAAGAACAUAGACAGCGUUCUGAGGUGGGAGGAGAACUUCACCAACGAGGUCAACACUCAGUUCUUCACCUGCUACUUCAACCAGCAGAGGAGGCCUGACGACGUCCUGUGGCGCCGGUCUCACGACACCAGCGUCCUGCUGCACUGCAUCCUCUGGCCAAUGGUGUCACUCCUUCUGGGCACGCUCAUUGUGCUCCUGACGGUGUGUGCCCGCUCUCUGGCUGUCAGGGCUGAAGCCCUCCAGAAGAGGAAGUGUUCCUAUGAGGUGUGUCAGGACCUAUUCAUCACAGCCUCAGAUCGCCAUGGAAACAAGGCUGAAGGCCUUUUAACGAUGAACUCUGACCCCGAGCCGUCAUCUCCAUCACGGACCCUCCCGCUGUUUGCGGUUCCAGUGAGGCGACGCGAUCGGGAACACUAAGAUGGGAAUGAAUGGGAUUUAAAACAGGGAAUUGUUACAGAGUCUGAUGAUCCAGAUUCAGGAUGAAGAUGAAGAGGAGGGUAAAUCCACCCUGCUGCCUUUAGAGAAGCUUCUGCUCUAUCUGAGGACCGGAACCGGACCCUCUGAAGGUUCUGGCUGAGUCCACUUUAUCCUGGUCCUGGUCUUUAUUCUAACCCUAGAUUUACACGUUUCAUUUAAAGAUAAAACCUUCAGUCUGAACCAAAAGUCCCAAAACGGACGACUUCUACUGUUAGUUUGUUGUCUGUAGGAUCUGUUGUUGCUAUGGUUACACGUUAGUGUUUCCACAGUUCCUCUAAGCACAGCAGAGAGGGAGGGGGAGGAGCCUAAUCAGAUCUCACAGAGUUCCGCUGUAGGAUGUGAGAUUUCAGCAAGUCAUCCCUACCAGAGUCUAACUCCACUCCCACUUCCUGUUUGAAAAAUGCAACAAACGCUGUUAGCUAGCAGACCGAGAGGGCGGAGCCGCUAACAAAUACACACACACAGGCUCACAACGACAUUGUGACAUCAUAUGGUACCAGCUAACGUUCUAGGGUACCUCUUAGCCAAUGGCGAUGGCAGAUUGAAAUUCAAAUGCAGUGCAGAGUUUUUACCUUAUUUACCUAUUUUACCUUAUAUAGUUUAUAUAGUUUAUCAGAAAAAAAGUAGAUUUGGGGUGACUUCCUCUGUAAUGUAACUAAUUAUUUUUCUUUGCUGAUUUAGUUUCAGUCGGAACCAACAGGUCCAUUUGAAACUGAUUCAGGAUCAGCUCUAAUCAGGAGCUGCAUCGUAUUUAAAAAAACGCUUUAGUUGAAUAUUCUGUCAAAUUCUGCUUUUAUUUUAUUAAAGCUGCUACAGCGAAUCUACAGAACAAGCUAGGUUUUAAACGCUCACCCUGCCCCUCAGGUAUCUUCUCUACUGAGCUUCUGCCAGAACCAGAAAGCCUAAAUGCCGGAGGAAACGAGACAACGCUAAACACCAGGCUCCAUUUUCUAGGUCCAAACGUCUUUUGUUGUCCAUGACUUGAGAUGGUGUUUCUUUUUGGGGCUGUGGUAGUCUGGAGCGGUUGCUGCCGGAUGUUUGUCCUAACCGAGCGGAGAGCCUCUCACACCCGUGGUGUUCUGCUGCUAAAGCAGAUGGUCUUGUGGUUGGUUUUGGUCCCAAACUUGUUAUUGAUGGAGAAUUUUAGUCAAAUGUGGGAGAAGCACUUUAUUAAUGAAGUUUUUCCAUCCAUGCAUCCCCCUCCCCCCUCGCUGCUUAUCCGGGUCGCGUCGUGGGGGCAGCAG